AUGGCAUCUCGUAAGUUAAGGCAUUACUUUGAGUCUCACCCUAUUCAUGUUAUGACUAAUUAUCCCAUCAAAGCGGUGUUACGAAAACCAGAGUGUUCAGGGAGAAUGGCCAAGUGGGCUAUAUCCCUAAGCGCACAUGACAUUAAGUAUCUGCCUAGGACAGCUAUAAAAUCCCAAGCUCUAGCUGACUUUGUGGCAGACUUUAGUCAUGACCUAGCAACUGCAGGUGAAGAGGAAGUAGGUAAAUCUGGAUCCUCGCAGCCGUAUGUCGACGGAUCUUCGAAUUUCAGAGGAGCUGGUCUAGGUGUAGUACUAAAGUCACCACAAGGGGACAUGAUAGUACGCGCUAUCUGUUGUGAUUUUAAAGCUACUAACAAUGAGGCUGAGUAUGAAGCCUUAAUUGCAGGCAUGGUAUUAGCAUAUGAUUUAAAAGCUAACAGUUUACAUGUGUUCAGUGAGUCGCUAAUGAUAGUAAGCCAGAACACCAAGGCUGACGCCCUAGCUAACCUGGGAUCAGCACUCAGAAAAUGCGAUUUCAAUUCAAUACCAAUAGCUCACCUAGCUGAAGCAGCCGUCAGCAAGCAAGUCAACGUGGUACAACCAAAUAGCAACUGCGCAGAAAGCAUCAGCUGGACCCAGCCAAUAAUCGAAUACUUGGAAAGGGGCAUCCUGCCAGAAGAUAAGCUGGAAGCUAGGAAGCUGCGAAUGAAAGCUACCAGGUAUCAUGUCAUUUCAGGUACCCUAUUUAAAAGAGCAUGUGCUAGCUAUGACCUGUUGCAAAGGUGCUUGGAGAAAGAUCAGUGGGAGCCCACGCUCAAAGAAUUCCAUGAAGGUGAGUGCGGGUCCCAUGCAGCAGAAAGAAGUCUAUUAAACAAGAUCCUAGCGUAUGGAUAUUAUUGGCCAACUAUGCGCCAAGAUGCAAAGAGGUGGGGCAUGGACAUUGUGGGAAAACUACCCGUAGCCACAGGGCAAAAAGUCUUCAUGCUAGCACUUAUGGAUUACUUCUCCAAGUGGAUCGAGGCUGGGGCAUUCCAGCAGGCUAAAGGGCAAGCUGAGUCCAGCAACAAGGUGAUCAUCAACGGUAUCAAGAGACGUUUAAAAGCUAAAAAAGGAAAAUGGGCUGAGGAGCUGCCUAAAGUGCUCUGGGCAAACAGAACAACACCAAGAGGUGCUAUAGGAAGGACUCCCUUCUCGCUUGUGUAUGGAUGCGAGGCAGUGCUACCUGCAGAAGUAGCUAUCCCUACAACUAGAUAUGGCUUGCUGACUCCAGAAGCUAAUGACGAAGAACUCAGCUACGACCUGGACUCCAUCGAGGAACUAAGAGAUAGUGCGCCAAUAAGGAUGGUUGCGCAGCAGCAGAUAGUGGCUCGUAGCUUUAACAAGAAUGUCAAAGCCAAAGUAUUCAAGGUAGGAGAUUGGGUUCUCAGGAAGGUAUUCCAAAAUACUCAGGAGCUCAAUGCAGGUUACCACAGGGCCACAGGUGCCAGAAUCCCAAGUAAGGCAACCAUUGUUUUGCACAAGGCAUUGGUCCACCAGACAAACGCAAGGGGUUGCAGCACCCAGGUAAACAGCUGGAGCAUCAAAGCUCAGCUACAUGGUCGUAGCACCUGGUCAAGCAGCUAA